CAAUCCCAAGCCACUCUAAAUGGCAGCAUCUAACUAACCUUAGUCUACCUUGAAACUUCGGUUGAUUGCUACAGCAUGUGUCGCGAAGUAUGAAGAACUUGGGCAGAAAGAGUCUGUAGCACCGCGCACGGAACGCCCUGGGAAUGAACCGGGAUUUUACGAAAGCAAGCAUGGGAAGGAUCCAGUGGGGCCUGAGGCCAGAAAGACGUCAGUGCUCUCGGACAGCCUGGGGGGUAGGAAGCAUAAUUCGCGCUUAACGGUAAGUCGUGGAUUGUCACGGAGAACCUCACUACCAAACAUGCGAAUCUAGUGCAGUGUGCUCUCCUCUAUUCGAACCACUACGCGGCUAGAGCCACAAGAACAACAAUGCUUUCCAAUCUGCCAUUCUUUCUUCACAUCCUAAUUGAGACGCCGGCGGCGUUCUCCUUCAUCUUCAAGCCAGAGACGCAGCUACCGGCUGUCACUGAUGCCUCGCGGCUGAUAUUGCGUCAAUACGGAGGUUUACUCCUUGCAAGCAACUUUGUGUGCCUGGUCACACUCUUCACUGAAUCAAGGGACAUACGGGGACUGCUUGGGGCUUCACUGGGUUUCUACCACCUGUGGCCAAGCUACCGUGCUUUUGCACGUUUGACGCGGAAGGUUUCUGGCGAUGUUCAUGGACAAGCGGCUCUGGGAGGCCCAAUGGUGCAUCUGGGGGUACAUCUGAUUGCAUUUUUAUCCUUUGCCUGCGUAUCACUAGUGUGACAUAAACACCGAGCACUCUAUCGGAUCCCUAGAUCAUCCCUCCUUUGGGGCAAUGUAUUGGUGUGUUGUCGCGCUGAAUGGAAACGACCUCUCUUCAGUGCACUCUAGACUAGUCUAGAGUAGUAGUUACCCAAAUCAUUGAUCAUGUAUCGCUACAUGCCACCAACGGACUCAGCCUCCUCGCAAUCCUUUCGCUUGUAGAUGUAAACAUCGUGGAACGGACCGGAAUCUCCCGAAAAGAACUUCUUGGUUAAAUACGAUACCUCGUUGUAGUCACGAAGGAGCAUUUCUCUAGCACGGCCCUCUACAGGGUCGGCGAUUUCACCAAGGCUAAGGGCCAACACAUAGCAUUAGUAAUCACACCACUUCAAGGACCAAGCGACGAAUAGACUUACGGGAAAGGUAAUCCGCGAGCAAGACAAAACUCACGCUCCUCGUCAGGGCUCUUGAAGUAGCCAAACUGC